GUUAGUACGCAAGAGAUUCAAACAGAGUCCAGAGUGACGAGAUCCGUGUCUCCUGUUUACCGCCUUCUCAACCGGGCGACCACCACGAGGAACGGCAAAACCGCGCACCGAUCGCCAAAGAAAGAGACACACACGCGAGCUGAACGGCUUGUCGAGAGCGUGACAAAGCUGUACAGUUUCCUCUAAGGAGAAGAGGGAGAGAGGAAGAGAGAGAGACAAGUACACGGUACGCAGCUCUCUCUUACGUGUUACGCGCGGUCAGUGCGAGAGGCUGCAACGUGCCGCGAGCAUGCGUCUGCGACGGACGGCCCUUAAGGCGGACACGCACCACGCCGACUCGUCGCCGUCGUCGUCGUCGUCAUUGUCCAUACCCGUGAAUGCUCGCUUUUCACCAUCGCUACCGGACGAAUGCACGCGCUAAUCCCGUCGAGGGGGCGAAGAAUGGACGAACAGUGUGGACAGUGGCGCAUAGACAGACCGUUCUGAAAAACAAACGUAGUUACACCGAAGAUCAACGGAACCGCAUCGACGCUUUUUGUCGUCAUUUUUUGGAUCCACGAGGUCAGUCGAACCGGCAAGCUGGACGCGGAGGUCGGAGGCGGCGGAAGCCGCAGGGGUAUCAGCCCUCCAACACACCUCGGCAACAUAAACGUGGACGUAAUAACGAGGAUAGGCUGAUGCAGGACAGUUCGCCGGCCGGAGCAUACGUGCAUCAGUUAGGAAAGCUUAAUCACCGUCGAGGGAUCUCAAAUAGCACUGACUACGUUUUAAUUACUCGCCGCAUCGCGGGGAAUGUAGAAUGACAUCAAGAUGCCCGGGGUGACGAGCAGUA